UUGCCUUCAAUUGUUCGAUUGUUGAUUCUGCGCCAAACGGCCAAUGGCUGACAAAUCUCUUGUGUUAUUAUUUGUUUAUUUGAAAAACAUAAGAAGUCAGGAUGGACGAUCGAGGAUUUAGAGGGGAUCAAGGAAAUAAAGGGAAAGGUAAUAGAAAUCGGCGUGAUCGAGGAUUUCGAGACCCCAGAGAGAGACGUCCUAGACCAAGCAAUGCUAAACAAGAUGAACGAUUGACAGUUGGAACUCCACCGACUCAAAUAAAAACUCCAAUUAUUCUAACCAAGCAAAGUGAAGGAAAAAGUGGAAUUGAGUUGGAAAAAUCCAUCAGUAUCAAGCCAAGAGAAGAAGGUACUGGCACAACUCAUAUAGCUGGAGCUUCUCCAGCAUUUCCUCAGAAAAUCAGCAAAUCAUCUAUUGAUGCACCUAUUUCUUCUGGUCUACUUUCUUCAAUCACAUCUGCAAGCUCUGGUCGGCAACAAGUACAGCGACGUCCUAUAGUUGGUUCUUCUGGUGGAGGAAUUGAUGGAAGUGACCUAACUGCACUAAACACAACUUUGAAGUGUUAUAAAAUUGUAGAUGAUAAAUUCCACUGGAAUGACCAUGCAUUGGAGAUCUUAACAGAUCAAAGUGAUUUUCUUGUUGUGGGAGUAAUUGGUUGUCAGGGUGUUGGAAAAUCAACUAUUCUUUCUCUUCUUGCAAAUGGCUUAGCUGAAAAGGAUAAAGGGUCUUGCAUAUUUAAUCCCCAAUCAAGGCAAACUGAGGAGCUAAGUGUGAAUGAAACAACUGGUAUUGAUAUGACUAUUACAAAUGACAGAAUUAUCUUCUUAGACACUCAGCCUAUUCUUAAUGCAUCCAUUUUGGAUAAUGUCAUUCGUUAUGAAAGAAGCCUCCCUUCUGAAGUUUCAUCUGCUGAAAAUUAUGCUGAAUUACAAUCCCUGCAAAUUACAACAUUCCUUUUCACUGUUUGUCAUGUCAUUCUUGUGGUGCAAGAUUGGUUUUGUGAUCUCAAUGUGAUGCGAUUUCUUAAAACUGCUGAGAUGUUAAAGCCAACCUCAGGUGUCCAUUCUUCAUCUCAUGAAAGUUCAAGCAACCUGUCAUCAGACGAGUUUGAUGACUAUUACCCUAAUGUCAUGUUUGUCUACAACAAGUGUUCUCGAGAGGAUUUUGAGGCAAAGAAUAUACAAAAUAUGCUUCUAGUUACUGAUGUUCUUUUUCAAAACUCCAGACUUCGUAUAAAAACAUCUGCAUCAUUACCUUCGGUUGACAAAUUUCCCUUCUCUUAUGGUUUUCAUCAGUAUGCUGACUUGAAUCUGUUUUUGGUUCCAAUGUCAGAGGGACUUUAUGAAAAAGAAGAGAAAAAAGUCAAUUUGUUGAAUUAUGAUGGAUAUCCCAAUCUAAAAGUAAUUGUUAAGCAGUUGAGAAAUCAGAUAUUUUCAAUGAGAAGACAUCAUCUUACUCAUCAUCAGCUUUCAGAAAAAAAUUGGUAUCAUUUUGCUGCUCGUUCAUGGGAAAUGACGAAGAAGUCAGCCCUACUUUCUGAAUACAACCGCUUACUGCCAUGAAAUCGUAAAUGGCUGAAUACAGUGGCCUAGUAGACCAAGACAUAGAGGUUCUAUAAAGUAUCAUGUCCUUGGUGUAAGGUUGCCAGAAGGCAAAAUCACAAUGAGGUGGAUUGCUGUUACUUAAAACCAAUCAACUUGAUGGGUGACAAAUGUUUUAAACAACCUCUAUUGGAAGCUUUUACAAGUUCAAUUAAAGAAAAAAGGUGAACAUAAUUAUGUAUAUUGCAUUCAAUGUGUAUUGAAUAAUUUAUAAUCUCUUCACAGCA